AUGGUCGCACCCGCUCUUGUCCUAGGCCUGCGCGGCGUACAAGUCGUCUUCAGCAUCAUCGUGCUGGGUCUUACAGCCUACAUUGUCGAUGCCUACGUCACCUGGGUGCCGGCGAGCGUCGCCUUCAUGCUCUUCACAUCCAUCUGGACCCUACUGGCUGUCGCAUAUCUCGUCCUCGCACCAGCUCGCUUCCCCGCUGCAGCCCACAAGUUUGCCAUUGGGGGAGUUGAGUUCAUUACCAUGAUCUUCUGGUUCGCCGCUUUCGUUGCAGUGGCCACUCGAUGGGGCAACAACUGGUGGGCUGGCCGCCAAGGCACUUUCUACAGCUGCGGAGUCGCUGCCAUCGUCUUCUCUGCUUUCAACUGGGUUGCCUUUGUUGCUUCGACCGUGCUUGCGGCGCUGCACAUCCGCAGCUCCCCCAGGAAUGACACCGCGCCUGCGCCGAACAUGGCCGGCGUCUAA